ACAUGCAUUUUUACUAAGGAACUUAUAUUUUUUUAAGGAAAUUCAGUGUUAAUACGAUGUCGAUUUUCUUUUGUUUUUACUAGAGACAUUAGACAUAGCAAAUGGCUUGCGUCUCACAAAAGCAAAGAUCCUUCCUUAAUCAAAAACUACUGAUGUUGGAAGCAGAGAAAACGCAACUACAAGAGAAGAUAUCCGAAUACACAAAGAAGAUCGUUGAAGAUACAAGACAAUGGAUGAGAGGAGAACAGGAAGGAGAUACAUCUAACAUUCGUGAAAAAAUUGAUGCAGCAACCGCUUUAUUGGUGGAUACAUACGAUGUGUUUGAUAAAGAAAUUGGCAAAACCGCUGAACAGUUAACAGAAGAAAACCAUUUUGAUUUCUCUAAUGAAACCAAAGAUACAACAGACAUGAUUUCAACAUUGAAAAAUGAUUUAAACAUUACGCUUGACAAGCAGAAUGAUGAAAUUAUCAAGAUUUUAUGCAGCUUUCAAAAUGAACUUGAUGCACUUAAAAACAAUGAAGCAAAUAAUUAUAAGUUUAUUGAAAAGCAAAGCGAGAAGCAAGAAGCUGACAAAAAAUUGUAUUUAGAAAAUGAGAAAAAACUGCGUGCUCAAUUGGAGAUUUUAAAAGACACUUUUCACCCUUCACUUGAGCAAAGAGAUUCUAUAAACUUUGUUAUGAAAGAAUUAGCAUUGUUAAAUGAAAAAAAUAAAUCUAGUGAUGAAGAACAAGAACAUAUCAAAUUAGAACUGAAGAAAAUUAAUGAGGUCACAACAGAAAUAAUACGAGAUGUGUGUAAAGAGACAAAUAAACUUUCAUAUUUACAACAAUCUACAAAAGAACAUAUUUCAAAAACAGAGAGUUCCUAUGUAGAGUUUGGGAAGAAAGUUGAUCAACUAAAACAAAUGUGUGAUGAUUUACAAACCAACGAAAUGAAACCCCUGGAAAAUUCUUCUCAAUUUGUCGCUUUAAAAGAAGAUAUAUGCAAAUUACAAUGGAAAACAUCAACGCUAAGAUAUGAGAUCAACGUCUUUCUAAACGGCGCCAGUAGAGUUGGGAAAAGUUCAACUGGGAAUUCCAUCAUUAGAUGUAACACAUUUGGCGUAACCCAGGGCAGCGACGCUACUACUCAGCACUGUACUGUCGUUAUCGAUGACGUUUUCCUACAUAUUUAUGAUCCUGUACACAAGGUAUCGGAUCCUUUAUCCGGUGUUAUUAAUAACACAUUGAUCCAUGUAGUCAUUUAUGUUGUGAGAUACGGUAAAGAAAAUGAAACUUAUAUGUUUAAAAAAAUGAAAAGUACGUAUGAAAAUAGGCUCGUAAAUGAGCAUGUUAUCAUAGUGAUGAGCGGCGGGGAUGAAUUUUAUAAACAAAACCCUUCUGGUACGUUUGAAGAUUGGUGUGAGAGUCAGACAGGUGAGUUUGCAAGCAUGUACAAAGAUUGCAAUAAAAGAAUAGUUUUGUUCGAUAAUGUAAGCACCGAUCCUGAAGUUAAGGUAAAUCAACGUGCUCGGCUAAUUACAGCUAUCUUCCACUUGCCUAGCCACGGUAACAUUUAUAAUAUUGAGCAGUUUGGCCAGCAAUGCAAAAUACAAUAGAUGAAAUGGCCCAAUACUAUUUAAAUGAAAAUUUAAACGAUGCUGUAAGGUUCUUUAUAACUGGUAAACUGAUUUUAAAAACAACAUUUUACUGUGUAAUUUCUAAAGUUACAUUAGAAAUAAUGUUUGAUGUCCACAAUUCGUUUUAUUUUUUUACUGCUUUAAUGAAGUAAAUAUUAAAUUCAGUCUAAAAUAAAGACUUAUUUCUGUAAACAAUGGAUACAUUAAAUAGUAAUUAAAUUAAUAAUGUAACAUUCGCUAAUUAUAGCAUUCUUUAAUGUAAAUAUUGGAAUUCAAUAUUUAAAGGUGUAUAUGUUAUCAAAACAUGUGAGGUACAUUGUGUUUUGAAAAUGCAACAUCUUAAAAUUGAAUGUACCAACAUUAACAAGGAACGCAUGGUCGAAUAGUAGAGCGUGAGACAGCUAACCUGAAAGCCUCGAGUUUCUAGCCGGGGCUUGAGUGCGUAGGACGUCGUUGAGUCUACCAAGCUACGAUGGGUAGCUGACUCGCGUUACGGAAAGUAAAAGCGGCUGGACUAAGAGCUGACCACACUACCCCUUAAAAUGCCGAGGUCACUAAAACAGGUGAACUCUACUUCGUGUGUAGGGUGACGUUUAAUUUCAAUUAACAAAGCUCACAUGUAUUUUAUAUAUGACUUUUUGUUAAAAACUUAAAAUCGUAUUGCUAUUUAGUAAGAUACACAUUUUAAAUCAUGUAAAGUACUAUAUUUACU